AGUGAGCGCUCGCGCUGCUAGGAUGCUGUGUGGAGAGAUGCGCUCUGUGUGCGCGUGGACACUUCGACUGAUUGUUGACAACGCGUCCGGGGCGCGCUUAGUACUACACUGCUUAGAGGGCUGAAACACUAAAUUAUCAAACGAAAAAACAUCUAUAGGGUAUAUUUACAGACGGACUGUGUUAACAGACGUAUUUUCUUUUCUAAAACAACCGCAAAAUUAACGGCUCAGUCAAUACGUUAAACGGACCGCCUUCAGGAGCAGUGAAACAGGUGCAGUGCUCGUACCCUUUAUUUAACGGAGCCGAAAGUCAUGCGCGCGCUUAUUGAUGAAAAGUUAAUUCACGCGUACUAGUAGUCAACAUCAACCGGGAAAAGUAAGUCUAAUUUGAGCGCAUAACGCUACUAAUAAAUUACGUACAAGCGUCGCGCCCUAAAUCGUGUGAGAAAAAACGAUGUCGAGGAAAAAAGCUGUCAAGGGAAACGGGAGUUCAAAUACACCAAACUCAUCUCCUAACAACGAUAAAGAGAAGGGGAAGAAAGUCCAGACCCAGUCCAACGGAGUGGUCUACCCCAGCCGACCCUCUCUGAGCAACAGCGGAGAGUUCUAUGACAUCGCCUUCAAGGUAAUGCUGGUUGGUGACUCUGGAGUGGGAAAAACCUGUUUGCUGGUUCGUUUUAAAGAUGGAGCAUUUCUGGCUGGAAGCUUUAUCUCAACAGUCGGUAUAGACUUCAGAAAUAAGGUGUUGAGCAUUGAUGGUGUGAGGGUUAAACUACAGAUUUGGGACACAGCGGGACAGGAACGAUUCAGAAGCGUGACGCAUGCCUACUACCGAGACGCACAUGCUCUUUUGCUGCUCUACGAUGUGACAAAUAAAUCAUCCUUCGACAACAUACAGGCCUGGCUGACAGAGAUUCACGAGUUCGCUCAGCAGAACGUAGUGAUCAUGCUUCUGGGUAACAAGGCUGAUGCCACAACUGAAAGGGCUGUGAAGAGAGAGCAGGGUGAGAAACUAGCCAAGGAGUUUGGUGUUCCCUUCAUGGAGACCAGCGCUAAAUCUGGUCUGAAUGUGGAGUUGGCUUUCACUGCUGUGGCCAAGGAACUGAAGCACAGAGAAAUGAAGGAGCCCAACGAGCCAAAGUUUCAACUGCAGGAGUUUGUUAACAAGGAGAUGAAGGGAGCCGGCUGCUGUCGCUCCUAAAGCCGCAUACACAUCUGUCUGUUUGUGUGUUUUUCUCUCAUCCUCAUCUCUGGCAUAUAUUGGAUGUCUUUGACUCUGGAGAAUUUCCCCAGACCUCUGUGUUCCCCGCAGCUUGCAAACAGCACAAUUUAAAAAGCAGCAGUCAUUCUUUUUACACAGAUGCUUUUAAUACAGAUGUGUGUUUAAAGAAUAACGGAUCUCCUGACCCACCUCUCCAAGCAGCUGUGAAUGUAUCUUCAAUACUCAUCAUGACAAUAUGGUGGUUCUUUAGUUAGGGGAACUUUCUGUGUCUCUAUUUUGUCUUAAUAAAAGUUUAAUAGCUUAAACUAUAAUGGCUUUAAAACUGUUAUUGGAAGGUUAAAUUAGCAAUUUUUUGAUUUUGGGUUUGUCCCCUAACCACACAUUUUCACUUCUCUGAAGGGGAAUAUAUAUAACACAUUAAAAUCAGUAUCUGCCAAUUUUGUAAUUGUCUUCACAGAAACAAUGCACCCAAAAGUGCUGUCAUUUUUAAAGCCUGAUUAUAAUGAAAAUGGCACGCCUUUGCCAAAACAGCAGAGCUGUUUUUACAUCCUGAUUUAGGAGUAGGUGUCAAUACAAAACCAAUUAGUAUUUGAGAAUUGUAAAUCUUGAUUUAUUGCUAUAUCUUGUUGUUUUAGAAUGACUUUCGGAAAGGUUAAUCCAAUGUUUGAAAUAUCUUUAUAUUAACAUGUCAUUACCAUCACAAAAAAAGCAAAAACAUCACACAUACAGCAAGACUCACUUGAACAUUCAUCAACACUGUGAUCAUCUGUUUUGCAAAUGUGAUGCAUUUUCAAAAAUAACUGAAUUAUUUUAAUUUCAGUUUUCCAGGCUUUAAGUGGUCAAAAAUGCACCUAAGUGAAGAAUCACUUCGAUAUACAAUUUAAUCAAUCCUUACACAAAGCAACACACAUGCACGCACACACACACUUUCUUUUACAGUAUACACAUGUUCAAGAAUGACAUUUUCUUCACUCGUUGUUUAAAUUUGACUCAUUUUAUUAAAUGUUAUAAAAUGUAAUGUACAAAUUGAAAAUUAUAAUAUGGCACUUAGUUUGCAUAACAUGUAAUUGAUGCUUUGUUAAAUGCUUUUAGUAUUGUCCUGUAUACUUAAAUAGAAACAGCUUUAACUAGAAAUUAGUUGCCUCAAGUGAUGUUGAAAACGUGCCAGAUUUCAACAAAUUGAUGUUAUGUCAAAAUACUAUGCGUACUGUGGAUUGUUAAAUAUAUUGUGUUAUAUUGUGUAUACAUAUUAUUAUUUUUGCAUUAAUAAUCAUUUGGAGAGAUCCAGAACUAUGCCUUUUGCACUUUUGUUGUUGUUCUGUUGUUUAAAUUGUUAUGUCAUGUCAUGCCAGUCUAUUGAAAGAUUGCUACGUAUAUAGCCUGAAAUUUAUGUUGUUGGUCAGAAAAUUUGUACUGACGUUUCAUUUUGAGCUGCUCAGAGGAUUUUGACAAUGAAUCGCCUGUAUAUAAGGUUCUCUUGUUUAUUUUACCCUAUACAGAAAUAAAAGAGGUCAUUACAGAAACUACAAGCAAUGAUAUACAAAACUCUUUUGUAUCUUCAUGAAGGUCAGCUUGAAUACCUAUAUAUUAUGUCGAUCUACAUGUUGUUUUUCCUCAAGGUUUUUAUGUAAUGUUUACUGUAUUCCUCAUAAUAAAUCAGUGAAGUGA